CGGACACUAACAGGGAAUUAGCAGCCGGCAGUUCUGCUAACACCCGUUAAUUAAUCCUCUCCGGACUCAGGUCGUCGCUCAGUAGCAUGAAAACCAUGUUAACCAUAAUUUCUAACGCUCUUUGCAGGAUGACUGGCAGGAAUGCGGGAGCCCAGACAGUGUCGGAGCUGCUGAUUGACCUGUCAGAGUACGUCAAUCUAACGUCGUCGCCGGCGCCGCCCGCCUCGGCACAGACCCAGCGGCAACCGCCUAAACCACCGCCACCGCCAGUCAGUACUAGAGCGCCCGCUGCACAGUUAGUUAGCGGCCGGACCGACCCGCCAGUCGGCCCAGGCGCCAGAGUCGUCGUCUCCCGCUCUUUUGCCGACUUCACCCCUCAGGCCACGUUCAACAUCAAGAAAUGCGACCUGCACCGGCUGGAGGAUGGUCCUCCCCUGGCGGCCGAGCUGACCAGGGAUCAGGGCCUGCACUAUUACCGCACCAUGCAGACGGUGAGGCGCAUGGAGCUCAAAGCCGACCAGCUCUACAAGCAGAAGAUCAUCAGGGGCUUCUGUCACCUGUACGAUGGACAGGAGGCGUGUGCUGCAGGCAUUGAGGCUGCCAUCAACCCCACCGAUCACCUGAUCACGGCCUACCGCGCCCACGGAUACACCUACACCCGCGGCGUCGCCAUCAAGGAGAUCCUGGCCGAGCUCACAGGCCGUAAAGGGGGCGUGGCCAAAGGGAAGGGCGGCUCCAUGCACAUGUACGCUCCACAUUUCUACGGAGGCAACGGCAUUGUGGGCGCGCAGGUGCCUCUGGGAGCGGGCAUCGCUCUGGCCUGCCAAUACCAAGGCAACAACCAGCUGUGCGUCACGCUGUACGGAGACGGAGCAGCCAACCAGGGCCAGCUGUUUGAGUCGUUCAACAUGGCCGCCCUGUGGAAGCUGCCGUGCAUCUUCAUCUGCGAGAACAACAAGUACGGCAUGGGGACGUCUGUGGAGAGAGCCUCGGCCAGCACCGACUACUACAAGAGAGGAGACUUCAUCCCGGGCAUCAGAGUGGAUGGGAUGGACGUCCUGUGUGUCAGAGAGGCCACCAAGUUCGCCGCAGAUCACUGCAGAGCUGGAAAGGGUCCCAUCAUCAUGGAGCUGCAGACCUACCGUUACCAUGGACACAGCAUGAGCGACCCCGGCGUCAGCUAUCGCACCCGUGACGAGAUUCAGGAGGUCCGCACCAAGAGCGACCCCAUCUCCUUGCUGAAGGAGCGCAUGCUGAGCAACAACAUGGCGUCCGUGGAGGAGUUCAAGGAAAUCGACGUGGACAUCCGUAAGCAGGUGGAGGAGGCGGCUCAGUUCGCCACCUCGGACCCGGAGCCGCCGCUGGACGACCUCUGCAACCACAUCUUCUACAACAACCCGCCGCUGGAGGUGCGCGGGACGAACCCCUGGUCCAAGCUCAAGUCCGUCAGCUAGACUCGACCCCACGUAAACCCAAAUGCCCGCGUACAGCCCAUCCUCUUAAAGGUAGAGUCCUCCCAGAACUAAUGGAAGCUCCGUCACUGCACCAGAAACUUCCUUCGUCGGCUUUAGAUCUCAGCGUCGUGCACCUUAAUGGGACUUUACCUGAAACCUGCCAGUGUUAUUUAUUUCUCUAUCUAUAGUUUUAUAUAGAAACCUCUAUGAGUUCCUGUUUGUUCUGCUCGGUCCAGCCGUACGUGGAGUUGUGCAAUCAUCAAGCGAGAGUACGAGCCGCUCAGAGUGCACUGUGUGUACUUGACCUGCUGCACAAUAGACGCACAAAACCUACAUUUCACGUGUUUUUCGCAAUAUGUCCACGAUAAACAUUCCUCCAUGUUUAUCCAGCAUUUUAAACUGUGUUGCUUUUAAAUGUGUAGAAGCUGUUUGAGACACUCCUCCGUCUAAGGAAUCGCUUUCAACAUGGACUCUAAAUCGAGCUUAUUGUCAUGUCGGUCUGUGUUGAAGCACCUCACCUCUUGUUCGAACCCUUUUCCUGAGUGAGGUGACGUGUUUUUCCUGAAAGGAUUCAGUAUGUCGAGCUACCAGUCAAAAGAAGCGAGUUUGAAGGUGUGCACAGGACAAAUGAAAAGGCUUUUUAAUUGGAUUAAACCAUUUUCUACAGUGUAGAACAAAACUAAAGACAUUAGAACUAUUGAAUAACGCAUUUGGAUUAAUGUGGUAAGAAAGAUGGUUUGCAAAGAUAUGAAACCUGUUUUGUUGACACCUGUUUUGCUCACUGUGUUCUACAGCGCCUAUAAAACGUAUUCACAAGAAUAAACGAACCGUCAUGUCAAAGUGAAAACGGCUUUUAUUUUGUAAAUUCUUGUCAAAAAACCCCAAAUAAUGAACGUCUUGGGGCGAUGAAUCCUCUUUAUUAGCCUUGUUUAUUUAGGGUUUUAUGAACAGCCAAUAACUUUGUUCUACACUUCAGAAAACAAUAAAAAUCAAGCAAAGUCCUUGAGCUGCAUACGAACUUUCCACUUCUGCUAAAUGUCCAUGACUUGAGUUUCUCUGACAAUUCUGCAAAUGUUGAGUUUGUGGGUGAAAAGUUGGAAGUUUUCAAGGAACCGACGUCCUCCUGUGCUUGUGAAUAAAUGCACUACACUGUCUUUUAUUAAUUUAAAGUUUUUCUGAACACUUUGGGGAAAACGACGAGUCCGUUAAGAUGAAGUGAAGAUUAAACUAGUGUCUGUUGUCAGGAAUCCUUCAUGCACCUCUUUACUAAAGGUCACUGCUACUGAGCUUGUACAGAGAUGAAGCUUUACUAUUUAUGUGUCUGAAUGGUGGAAAAACUGUAGACUGUCUGUAAAAUAAAGGCUUUAAGGAAA